AUGGGUUCAUCUAACUGCCCGGGACUUAUCUCGCUGGAUGAAUGCCGAAAUUAUUGCAACGAUGAUUACGAGCUACGGGAACAAAAGAAACUUGAUUCAACGAUGCCAUGGAUUGGCAUGUAUAUUGCAGCAGCUUCUGUAGUCUGCGCAAUUGCUAUGGCAGCUGAUGCCUUUUGUGGCUUCAGAAACAAAAGGCUCUGGUUCCCGUGUAAGUACUUCUCUCUGAAUGCAACUUCAUUGACCCUAUUAGCUAUCACAUUGAAGUUGCCAGUGGAUAUUACUGCCUUUGUGUUGGGCAAUUACGAUAAGAUAGCUUGGGUUUGUAGCCCCAUCUUGAUGUCAACUUCUAUGGGAAAUUUCAUGAUAGCUUUGGGAUCCAUGAAUGGUAAUGAGAUCUUACUUAACAUGACUGCUCUAGGCAUCCUGAUAAUUACAGUUAUUGUCAAUAUUUGUAUCCGUAUUAUCCAAAUGCGUGAUUUUGAUGUUAUAGAGAUAUUGGGAGAAGCAAUUGCAGCCACUGUUUUUAUGUUUCUUUCACUUGUUAUCUUCGUAUCUUUGUCUUUAACGGUUCCAACCACCAGAAUAUAUCUAGAAUCAAAGUACAAUGAAAUGCACAAAAUAGUUUUGGACAAAGAAAAAGUGGAGUGGAGGAAAUUUACAGUCGAUAAUCUGAGACUAGUGGUGAAGAAGUAUUGGGUGAUGGCAGUAACUGGUAAUCCCCAGUUUGUGAUUGCACGUUCUGUUUUUAGCGCUACUUCAGGUGUGAUGUGUCUGUUGAUUGCUCUCACCUUGGUAGAAGCUCAUAUAAGGAUGCCAAUAGUGUACAAAGGAUUUGGAAGGGUUUAUUCUGCCUAUAAGUGGUCCAUCGAUUGGAUUAUUGUAACACAGUCUAUCGGAGUGGCAGUGGGUAUUAUUGCCCCUGCAUUCAGAUGGUUCACUGCUGCCAGCUUCAAGAGUUCAGAAUUAGGGAGCAAAAGCUUCAGAGACGAAUUCAAAAUCGAGACUUAUUGGAUUCAGAGUCUUGUUGACUGGAGAGAAAGAUCGUUGCCUAUACACUUUCCGCACCACAAGUGCAGAAAACUUUUUCAAGAUGCAAAAUGGCUAAUUCUCAAUUUCUGCAUUGGUGUUCAGAUUCUAAUUGUUUUGGUUGGCAAACUUUUUCUUCUUAUUUCUGCAUUAUGCCUCCACCACAUCAAUACGUUGAAGUUAUUCAUUAAUGAUGCUGUUAAGAUCAAGAAAAGAUCAGAAUCUGGCGAGGGCACCCAGCUGGAUCUAUCUAAGUACGUCCUGCUACUUGAAGGAGAGGCAGAAGUCCCUAAAAGGGUCUUGAAGAACAUUUGCAAUGAGGUGGACAAGCUGAUGCAGAAAUCUAAAAGAAAGUAUCCGAAGAACCUAAUUGAACUUCUAAAUAAAUCUACCAACUUCAAUGGGGUUAGAGAAUUUGACAGUAAUGAAAUUCCAAGAUUAAAUUCCGCAGCCGAGCCUCCUAAUUGCUGGUCUCUACCCGUUGUGACUCUUACAAGCAUUGCAAUUUCACUUCCUAACAUCCCAAAUGACCGUGUCAAUCAGUUAGUGAGGUGCGUCGGUGAAGGCUUAUUGUUGCUAAAACUUAUAGAGAAAAGCCUGGAUAGAAAUGGAGCUUUGGUAAACAUCAGAAAUGCAGCCGAUGUUGUAUGGGUAGAAGUUGAAUUACAUCGCAAGUGGCUAGAUAAGGAUCUCCAUAAAUCAUAUCUCCAAGGCAGAACCUCUGGGGAAACACUUGGAAGAGUUCUCCAAUGA